AGAAAAUAUGUUGGAUCCAUAUUUAUUUGUAUGUAUGUAUUUAUUUAUUUAACAAUAUUCCUAAAAUUAGUUUUCUUUAAGGAUGGUGCCAUCACACACACAGUAUUUUAUUGGUAAAAGGCCAAUUGGAUGAAAGCAAGCUAUUUCUCUCAUUUUCAGUAUGUAUUAGUAGUAACUAAACACAUCAGAAAAACAAAAUAACCUCUGCAUUUAAGGUGUGUGUGUGUGUGAGGCAGAGUGAUAUGCUGUUUUCCUGCUCCUCCCAAUGCUCAGCGAAGCAUAUUUCCUCUCUUACUGUUGAUAAAGGUCUACUCAAAAAAAAAAAAAAAAAAAAAAAAAUUGCUUUUACGCAGCAGGCUCCUCUGAUUCAUUGCCUUAGAAUCAGAAGAACAGGGGGGUGUUCACUGCUUGCUAAUAUUUUCCAGGCUUUGUUUUGUUUCCUGGAGACUUACUUUCCAGAAGAAUUAAAUGAAAAAAGCUUAAGGGCAAGUGUCCUGGAAUGUCAUACUGAUGGAGAAGUGCAUUCUUAAGUAAAAGGGAACCGAUUCUCUCUCAGUAACAAAAAUCUGCAACAAAGACUCGGAGCUGAUUCCAAACCAUGGAUGUUUUAAGCCCAGAGGACAACAGCUAUGAGGACUAUUAUAAUGCAGAAGGACUUGAGGAAUUUGGGCUCUGCAAGAAGACGCAUGUAAAGGAAUUCAGCCAUGUGUUUCUACCUGUGUUCUACUCCAUUACCUGUGCAUUGAGCAUUAUUGUCAAUUUUACCCUUCUAACAUUGUUCAUCAAAUACAAAACUCUGAGGAAGGUUUUGCCUCUGCACAUGGUCAUAUCGGAUAUUCUUUUCACACUGAGCCUUCCCUUCUGGGCAGUGUAUGCCAGCAGCGAGUGGAUCUUUGGUGAUCAAAGCUGUAAGGCAAUCUCAUUGGUUUACAUGACAUUACCAUGUCUACAUCUGUGAUCAGAAAAACGACAAACAACAAGCACUACUC